UGUGUGUGUGUGUGUGUGUGUGCGCAUGUGUGUGAGAGUGUGUAUGAGUGUACGCAGAUGGGAAAGCAACUGAGUCAGGGAGGGCUACCUCUCAUCUUGCUGUUAUCACCAUCCUUCACUCUCCCUCCUCUCCUCCUCUGCUGCCAUGGAGCUCCAGCAGGCUGAAUCACAACAGCGUCUGCAGAAAGGGCUGAGCAGGUAGAUGUGUAUGCGUGUGCAGUGCUCCGUUGGGCCAGUAUGGAGCAUGUGUGUCUGAGAAGGUGGGCCUCGGGCUCUGCUGUCGUGUUCCUUCACACACUGGCCUUAUCCUGGACAGGUGCAAUUGAGCCGGCCCCCAAAAUUGACGGACGGCACCGGGCAGCCCUGACACUGCAUGAGAACACGACGCGCCGGUUCAACUGCCAAUCAGAUGGCUGGGAUCCCCGCGCCCCUCCCUUGCUAACAUGGUACCUGAACGGGGAGCCACAGAGAGAGCCAUGGCCCAACCGCGGCCGCCUGGUGAUGACGCCGCAGGAGGAUAAUGAGGUCAUGAGACCGGUGACCCAUCACAACAGCUCCUUCUCUCUGCGGGCCAGGAAGUGGGACAGAGAACUGGUGUGUGUCGCAUCAAACCCCAGGACAGGAGAGAGCUACAAUGCCACCAUCACGCUCAACGUCCAGUUUCAGCCAGAGAUCCUCAGGGUGAACGCCCACUACAGUGAAACCUCAGAGCCCGGCCUCUCCCUGGUCCUCUUCGCCUUGGUACGGUCAAACCCACCUGCCACCAUCACCUUCGUGGACCAGUCUGGCCAGCUGGUGGCUAACACCACCGACUUCCUCAUCCUGGACUCGCGAAGCUACCCCUGGCUGACCAAUCACACGCUGAGGGUCAUGCUCGGUAGCCUAUCAGGGAAUGUCUCGCUGAACGCCAGCAACAGUGUGGGAACGGUGCAGAGCAACCUCACACUGACAGAGUUCUUGCAGUCUCGUGUGGAGGUGCCCAUGAUGGGAAUCGUGACUGGGGGAGCCAUGGCCUUCAUGGCCCUCCUCAUCCUCAGUCUGAUAGUUCUCUGCCUCAUGCAAAAAAACAAGAGCAAGUCCUUUGAUGAGCCGGUGGAGAUUCUGAUGACCAAGAAGAGUGAGUCUGCCAAUCUGAAGACAGAGAAAGCUGAUAAGACCCACAUCCCCAGGGAGAACAUGUCUCUGCCUUCAAACAUGCAGCUUCAUGACCUCAGCACUUUGAGAAAAGCCCGAGAGGCCGCCCAGCAGAACAGUGUGGGAGAGAAGAAGAAAGAGGAAGAGGAGGAGGAAGAUCUGUCUUUAGCCUACGCCGCCAGAGGUUUUGCCAGAUAUCCGAUGGUGGGCUACAUCUAUAAGGUGAACAGCACAAGCAGUGAGGAGAUCUGGCUCUGACUGACCUCAAAGCUACACAAAAACACACACUUACUGUACAUGCAUGCAAAACUACUUCCAACAGUGCAGCUUUCCAAAAGGAAACCCAGAACAACUGCCAGUCGGUCAUUCAGCCAAUCAUCCAUCACCUUCAGGCCGGUCCAGUGUGACCAGGAAUCAGACCUGAUCUGUUCCUGGGCCACAUACAGAAUCAACGCACUCUGUUGUUCAUCUGUGAACUGGAAUUUCUUGUUCACAAAACCAAACUGUCGAUGUUUUCGUCUUGCUGAAUCAAGCGCUCUGGUCUAUACACUGCUGAUCUCAGUGCAAAGUAUGAACCCUACAUAAAAAAAAGCUCAUGUUCUGUAUGUUUUGACAUGAUUUCCUCCUGUAACCACAUGCUCAUGAUGUCUUCCUCCCUGUUGCAUUAUUGGAAUGCAUUAAUUGUUCUAUGCUAACACCAGAAUGUCCAAGAUAAUGUACUGUACUGUACGUGAGAUUUGACAUUUUGACCAAUAAUACCCAAAUAAGAUAGUACAUAAUUAUAAAGUAUAUUUGAAUAUGGACAGUUAACAUGUCAUGUACUGUAUAUUUGUAUGCAUAUGUAUAUGUGUAUA